AGGCCCAGGCCGCGGAGUGCGGCCGUGGCGCGUCUCGCCUCGGCCGUCGGCCUGGAGGGCCCCAAGAUGAACGUGGUCGUCUUCGGGGCCACAGGCUACAUCGGCAGGGCGGUGGUCCAGGAGCUUGCCGCCAGAGGGCACGAAGUCGUGGCAUUCGCGCGGGAGAAGUCUGGCAUCGGCGGCGAGCAGUCGGCCACAGAUGUGCAGGCUUCGUUCGGCGAGUACAGUAACGUCAAGGUGAUCACCGGCGACGUUAUGGACGAGGCCUCGCUCGCCAGCGCCCUGGGCAAGCUCGGCAGGGUGGACGGCGCCGUCUGCUGCCUGGCCAGCCGGUCCGGCGGCAGGAAGGAUUCGUUCGACAUCGACUACCAGGCCACCAUCAAUUGCCACAAGGCAGUGAAGCAGGCCGGUGGGGCGCACUUCGUGCUCCUCUCGGCCAUCUGCGUGCAGAAGCCUUUGCUGGCGUUCCAGGAGGCAAAGUUGAAGGCCGAGGCAUACAUAAAGGAGAACAGUGGGGACAUGGCGUACUACCUUGUUCAGCCAACCGCGUUCUUCAAGUCGUUGCUCGGGCAGGUGAAGGGCGUGAAAGGCGGCGCGCCCUACGUGAUGUUCGGCGACGGCUCCGUGGCGUGCAAACCGAUCAGCGAGGAGGACCUCGCUGCCUUCAUCUGCGACUGCUUCUGGGACCCAGCAGUGAAGAACUCCACCCUGCCUGUUGGCGGCCCGGGCAAGGCGAUGACCUUCAGGGAGCAGGGCGUCUUGCUGCAUGAGUCGAUCGGCAAGGAGCCGAACUUGAUAUCCGUGCCCACUGCGCUCUUCGAUGUCAUCAACGGUGUUCUAGACUUCUUGGCUGGCCUGUGGCCCGAGAAGCUCUCGGACGUGGCAGAGUACGGCAAGAUCGGGA